UAUGCCAAAUCAUUUAUUAUCUAUGUAACACACACAGGGGUCUAUCAUCAUUCACAAGGGAUAACUAGAACUAAUCUAAAAGGUAAUCCCCUCACACCCAUCCGUAGCCUCGCGAUUGACGACUGUACCCAGUACUGUGUAGUUUUGUUGCAUGAAAGUGAAAUUACUUGAAUCUGGCUCAUCACAAUCUAUAUUAUGUAACAAUCCCCUCUUGGGACCCUAUUGGCUGUUUUUUCCAAAUUUAAUUUGUUAUUAAAAAAUGUUUAUUUAACAUAACAUUAUCUACCAUAUUCAGUAAUUUAAUGGUUACUUAACCCACUCCUUGGCUAUUGUUUUCCGAAUAAACUUGUUGCUAAGGAUUAGUUUCAGUAAUCAUGAGAUGUGUCCGAGUACGGCAGUUUGUUAUAUAUUUAAAAAUGUAAACUCACCAAUUGGCAUUAAUGAUUAUCAAAAUUUUAUCGACAUGGUUUCCCAAAAAAAGGAGGAGAUUAUUAUUUAGGAACAAUGAGUCAUUGAAUUCACCAAGAAGCAGGGAUUGCAUGCUCCGGAAAAUUGCAGGCCCAAGCUCAGAUAAGCGACUACAUGAGCUAAAACUGCAAUUAAAGAAGGAUGUUUGUAAGCAUUCUCAGAAAAAGGUCGUUGCUGCAAUAGCACAUUAUAUAGACUAUAUACGAGAAACCCGGAAGAGACAAGCGCGAGAGAAGGCUCAGACACGUUUAAAAAAUGCUCAACCACAAGACGGUGGUGUGGUUAUAAUUCUAGACGACGAUGAAGAGAUAAAUCGUACAAAUGAUGCAAACGUAAAUCGUACAAAUGAUGCAAACGUAAAUCGUACAAAUGAUGCAAACGUAAACGAAGUGAAUAGUAAUGUUGCUAAUCCUCUGGCAUAUAACACAAUUCGUGUAAGUAGUUUCGCACGCGCUACGAAUUUCAGUACAACUCUAAUUAGAUACCAAGAACAACCCCAAGUUAAUUGUUCGUCUUCCACACUAAACCCUGAUCUAAACACAACUCAUCGAACCGAUUUCGUUACGGCAUCGUCUGACGUGAGACCGUCGGAGAAACAUCCUCCAAUAACUAGUGAAUCGUCCCAGAAAUAUUUGCCAUAUACAUUUCAAGCUCUUGUUGAAUCUGCUCCUCAUAAUAUUGACCAGCACGUGAGCAGUACUGUGGAUAUCAAAAUACCAAAAAUGUCUAUGAAAGACAUUUUGCAUUAUCUAGACAAACAUGUGAAUUACAAAUGUGAACUCUUAGAUACACUUUUGGGUCUUCUAAUGUUAGAGGUUCAAUCCACAAUUGAUCCAAAAAUUGAAAUGGAAUUGAUAGAAAGAUUACGUAUUAUAAUUGAGCGCAGAUCAAAAAAUUCGCGUGAGAAAAGUACGGAACAAGUUCCCGCAACACAUUGUUCAUUUGCAUGCUGCAGGCAGUUGCCUGCAGGUGAAGUUUUAGGAAGCAGUACAUCAGUAAAUCUAUUAACCCUGCAAAAUAUCGCCAAGAACACUGUGUUGAAUAAAGGUGUUCCACACAAAAGCAAAUUAGAGGAUGAUCCCGAUGUGGAAAUAGUAUAUGAAUAUUUUCCCGAAAAUCACACCAAGAACACUAAGUUAAACGAAAGUGUUCCAAAUAAAAUCACACCAAAAAUUGAUCCAGAUGUAGAAAUAAUACGAGAAUAUUUUCCUGCAAAUCAGUCUAAUCACGAAGUACAUAAACACUGUGAAAGCCGGGACUCAAAAGAAGAUGUAUUGGCAAAUAUUUUUUCUGACAAAAGUUUGAUGCAAAAUAGGAAUCACAACAUCAAAGAAACUAUUGCAGAACAAAAUAAUAAGAUAAUGUCUAAACAAUGUCCUCAAGUUUAUGAAACUGGUUCAGUGAUACAUAACCAAAGUGAACCAGAAAUUGACGUAACAACUAAAGGACAUCCUACUACUGCAGUAGAAAAUAUAUCUGCUGAAACGGUGAUACACAAUCACCAAAAUGUAAACAAAUCACAAACUUCUGUGCCUAGUGUUAUUCCUAUAAAUAACCUUACAGAGUCGUUAAAUGCAGUAGAAAAUAUCUCUGCUGAAACGGUGAUUCGCAAUUCACAAAAUGUAAACAAAUCACAAACUUCUGUGCCUAGUGUUAUUCCUAAAAGAAACCUUACAGAUACUCCAGAAAAUGUAAAUGAAUCUGGACCUCGUGAAUCAAACAUUCGUACAAACUCUGACCCCUUUAAAUUACUUAUUUAUGGAGAAUACGCACGUAAAAGUAAGCCAGCAAAUAACUCUCGUGAAACAAAUACAGUCCGUAGAACAGAAAUAAAAUUACAACAUAAGCUUAGUACUGAAUCAGGGUACGAAUCGAGUUCAAGGCAUACGCCUUGUAAUCCAAAAAAUACCGUUCAUAAAACUACAUCACAAAGUAGUUCAGACCACACAGUGAAGUCUAAAUCGUUAGAUUUAGGACUGCCAAUAUAUGAAAUUAGCUCCGAUGAUGAUUCCGACUCCGAAGUAAAGUGUGUCGGAAUUAAGGAAUUGAACAGUAAUAAAAUCACUAAUCCUGUAGAAAAAAUGAAGGAAUCAAUAUCCUUGCCUAAGAUUGCCAAGACUAAAGUCGUUUCUAACGAUAAGGAUGUCAAGGUUGAAUGUAAAGAAUCAGAAAUAUCAAAUUGUGAGAAUGAAAUUAAACAAGAAACUGAUUUUAAAAACACAAUUGAACAGAACCCUGUUACAGUUUAUCCAGACAAGAUUGCUUCGUCAUCUGAAAAUAGAGACGAAGUAGCACUAUUCUUAAAUUCGAUAGACUUAUUGGACAUACCACUGCCACCCGGCAAACCAAUACUUAAUCUUAUAAAAGAAGAAAAUAUUAAAACAUAUAGUCCAUUCACACGAAACACUUGGAAACGAAGAGGUAGUAGAAAUUUAAGCCCUAGCAAUGUAGAGCUUAAAAUUAUAGAACCAUAUAAAAAAAAAAUUGAUAGUAUUCUUUCUAAACACUCGUCGAUAAGUAAAGAAUCUUUACAUUUAAAACGUAUAAAUCAGGGUGACAGAGAGUUGACUAAAGAAAUACAGUUUAAAACCGACUCAAAAAAGACGUCUCAAAAAGAAAAAGAAAGUGGUCGGAGGAAGUCAACUGUACUUCCUAAAUACGUACCCUACAUUGAUAGACGACGAAGCCAUACCCGGUUAAAGAGUAGGGCUCUGUCUGAAGGCCAGACUAACAUACCGCCGUCAAAAAAUCCAAUAGAAAAUAAAACAAUAGGAUUCAAAAUUCAUUACAAAGACUGGGACCGCAUCGAAGAAAGUGAACCAAGAUCUCAAACCGAUGACAGUCUUGACUGCAAUACUCAAUGUUCUCCGCAAGGAAAUGCAAUCUUUUCUUUACCCGGCUUAUUCAAAGAAUCAACAGAAAAUGUUGAAAAUGUCCCAACAGAAAAUCAACAUCUAGUUGGUUACGAAACGAUGAUAUCCCAAAAUGAAAUUAUACCAACAGAAUUGGUUGAUUAUGUUCCCAGCCCAGGUUACGAGGUUACAAUUGAUUCAAAUGAUUUCAGAAUAGAUGAUGAUUUAGAUAAUAUUGGAAUGCAGCUAGAACAAAGUGCCCUUUUGACAAACGCAACAAUUGAAAAUUCACCGGCGGAGGACACCACUAUUGUGAAUAAAGCAUCUGAUGAUGUUUUUGAUAAAUUGAAGGAUAAUACGCCCAUUGAAAACAACACCAAAGAUUCACGUUUAGAAUUGGUUACAGACACAGGCAAUAAGACCGAUGUUAGGAAUGAGAGUAUUAAUACUCUUGAGAAAGAAAAAAAUAAUAAUUAUAUAGAAACUGAGACCGUUGUCAAUUCUAAUGAUUCUGACGAUGAUCUAGAUAGUCUUAUUUUGUUUCUAGAAGAAAAUACCCAUAUGACAAACGAAACAUUCAAGAAUACUCCGACGGAACUAAAAACUAAAAAAAUAUCGAACGAUAUUUUCGAAAAAUUUAAAAGUGAUACGUCCGUUGAAAAAGAUUCAUGUUUAGAGUCGGUUACAGACACAGGUCAUAAAGACGAUGCUAGUAAUGAGAAGGUUCCAAUUGAGAAAGAAAAACUUAAUAAUAAUAUAGAAAAUAGGGCCCUUGCUAGUCCUAAUACUAAAAAUAACAAUGAUAUUAUAAAUAAUUCAACCAAUCAUGGAAAACAACAUAAAAUCAACACAUGUAAUAAUGCCCUAGACAAAGACAAAGAAGAAAAUAACACAGCCCAAACUAGUGAUAAAACUAAAAAGAGUACCAUAUUUCUUGGAGGUUAUGUACCAGACCCAAAACCUAAACCUAAUAGUGAGAAAAAAAGAAAACCUGCGAGGAUUCCUCAACUAAAAGGUAUUAGGAAAAUCAUAAAUGAACGACGACUAACCAGGACCCUAGGAAAAAUCAUUACACGACAAACGAAAAAUAAAACUGUUGAACUUGACCCACCAAUCUGUCGAACAUUACGAGAAAAAUCGGACACGGAAGGCAAUAAAACUAAAGUAAAGCUAUCAGAAGUAAAAUCUGUAACAGAAAGUGAUGAAAAUAAUAAAACGUCGCUAAAUUUAAAUAAAUCUUCAUCGAAAAAAGAUUUAAAAGAUUCGCGUAGUAAGAACUCUUCACUGCCAUUAUUUGGCGAUAAUAAUUCUUUACUACAACCAACAACGUCAAAAGAUGAUUCACUGAAAAGUGACCCUAGAAAUGUUGAAGAAAAUAGCGAUCACGCAACAAACAAAUUACCAAAAUUAAAAAUAUUUAGAGUCGACCUACCUCCACCUCGUAACAUGCAUUUGAGAAAACGGACGUUAUCUACAUAUAAGUGUGUAGAAUGCCCUGUAAAAGAGGACCAAAAAGAAAGUUCUGCAAACAAUGAUAAGAAUUUGAAGCAGACAUAUUUAGGUGCUAAAAACAAGCAGACAACUUCGGGUGCUGAAGGGGUCAAACCAAUGCAAACUCGAAGUAGUACCAAUUCUAUUAAAUUAUAUAUGGAAAAUGACACAAAACAACGUAUACAAGUGACAAAAAAAAUAAUCAAAAGUAACGACAAUAAUAUAUUCAUGUCUGACAAUAAAAAGAAGAUAAAGCUAGAUAAAAAAAGAAAAAAUAGACAAGAAGGAUUAGGCACCUGCGCUUGUAUCAACAAAUGCCCAUUAAAAAUUAGUACGUCCAAACAGCUUCUCUUGCGUAAGAAAUUUUACGGAUCAGGUUAUUUUGAAAAUCAAAUUCAGUUUUUACGUAACUACCUUGAAUUAUAUUGGAAUAUAACUACAGAUCGAAAUGUAAAGAAAAUAAAUUAUAUUUUGCGAUACACCUUACCGAAUGUUGAAGGUAAAAAAGUUCGAGUUUGCAAAAAGUUUUUCAAAGAAACAUUCAUUCUGUCGGAUGCACGACUACACAAAGUGAUUAUGAAUAUUAGAAAUAGGAAAAAAAAAUUAAUGGCUUCUCUUAAUAGAAUGAAACGCUAAAUGCGAACUGAUUUUGAUUGACUCGAAUUAUGUGUGUUCAUAUUUUGUGAGCAAAGGCAAGAUCUGAUGUUGUGAUUAUUGUGAUUUAUUGCAUAGCGUGUUAAAUUAUUCAACAGGCUGUUAAAAUAUGCUGACUAUUCUCGAAUAGUGUAGGUUAACUAAUUUUUAAUUGUGUCUACGUGUUCAACUGGAUUCCACGAAAUGUCAAUAAGUACAUAGAGUAUUUGCAGGUAGCCUUGCAACAGAUUUUUUGACUUAAGGCUAUUCUAAGGAACCGAUAAAACUGUACUACUUCGCUGGUUUCGCUGGUUGAGUAGUCGCAAGAGCGAUUGCCAAGCAGGUAUCGGAUUAAAUUCCCGGACCGGGAAAAUAAUUAUAGCAGUGUUCUCGGAUAUUCGAUUUUUUUUUUUUGGUAUUUGUAGGGGACUUGGAAUUGUUCCCAGUGACACAAAACUCACUAAAUGUGUAAUGGGACUCCUAACGUACUUGGUGAAAAGUGUGUUGAAUUGUGUUUGUGGACCUCUAUCAAUCUCUAGGGGACAUUGAACGACAUGACAUUAUAUUGAUAAUAUUUGUGGUGAAAGACGUGACAUUAUACUGACAAUAUUUGUGGUGAAAUAUUAACAUAUUUUCAAUAUAAUGGUUACAUAAUAUUUGUGGUGAAAGCGAAUAGUAUUGCCAAGCGAAUAGCUGUGCAGUGUAUAUUUAUUAAUAUUGUAGUUGUGUAUUAAUAUUGUAAUUGUACCAUAAAGAAACAUACCGAGUUAUAAACUUGUACAAAGCCGUGUCUUUAGCGAAUAUAUUUCAUCUCUUUUGACAUACUAUAUGGUGCUGUGGUGGAUUGGGGGCUAAUUUUUGCUAUAUAGUAUCAUUUACUUAUUCCAUUGAUGAUAUCUUUUUAUUUGUUCCCCAUUGUGUCAUGAAACACUGUCUCACUCUUUUACAAGAAACCACUGCGAAGGUUCUAGAUCCGUUACAUGGUUUAUAUGGUUCCUAGCAACUAGUAAUUGACCAUGUGACGAACGCGGUUUAAAUACCUCCAAAUAUACAAACCUCGGCCUACUAAUGGUAAUUUUAAUAAUGUAUAUAAUUCCAUUAACUUACUUGCCACUUUGUCCGCCACCUAUCCACUGCAACAACCGUGAAGUUUUCCAAAAUAUUUAAUAUGUUCAGCAAAAGUCACUGCUUUGCAAUUAGAAAUAUAUACAUAAUAUACGAAAUAUACCAUCAUGGUGUUCCUUUUAGUAUUGUAUUACAAUAUAUCAGUAUUAGAUUUACCAAAAAUAGUUUUUAAGUUACAAUUUAAUGUUCAAGUAGAUUAGUAAUUAGACGAUUACUAUAUGUUAUUAUAAAAUUAGAGUAAGUAAAUAAGUUUGUAACUUGCCAUGCAACUCACUAAACAUGAGUGUUUUCUAAUGGCCUGCACAAUUUCUAACUAAGUUUCUGUCAGCCUAACUGACACCUUUCGUAUGUAGUAUAUGAUAAGCUGUAUUUGUUCAGCGGUAUUGUGAACAAGGUCUUAAAUAUAGGAUAUACUUGCACAUUUUGCAUUUAAGUAACUAACUGGCGAUAAAUGUGUGUGUAUAAUAUGUAAUUAAUAAUAUUAGUAACUAGCGACCCGGCUCUGUAUGGCACGGGCCUAAAGUCCCAACUAUUCCAAUGUCAGAUAUUGUAUUGUACCUUAUAUAAUCAUCCGCUACGGCAACGAAAAGGCUGAUUGCUUUCUGAUUGUUUUUCUGAGUGUUUUCUCUUAAAAACCUCCAGACAAAAAAACAAUAAAAGUACUAGCUAAAUCAGUCCAGCCGUUCACGCGUCAUAGACCAAGAGACAUCGGGGUUCAUGUGUAUGAUGAUUAACACGUUGGCUGCCAUGGGGGGGUCAAAAUGACCGGCGCUAGCGGAGGAUUCGCCUUCAACAGAUUUUUGUUGGCAGCCAAAGUGUUAAAAUAAUGAUGAAUAUGAAUUAAUUAGGUACGAUAACAUAGGUCUAUUUGCACAUUAUGCUUGAGGAAUUCCAAAUAUUAUUUUGCUAUCUAUGUAUAAUAAAAUGAAAAUGUAUGUUAUCUUGUCUAAUAGGUUGUACAACAUAUCAGCUGAUUUUUCUCAUAAUAAUAUUAUGUAUCGUUAAGAUUUGUUAGUGAUGUAAGUUUUAGUAUAUAGUAAGCCUCUAUUGUAUACGGCCUAAGAACAAGUCUAACACUAAGCUUAUUAUGAAAGUAUACAUAUUAACUAAAUAACUGUAAGUUUGAUAAUAAUAUCUUAGUAUAAACCAAUGACUGCUAUUACAUUGUCAUAAUAAUGCAAAAAUAGAGUUUAAAUGUGGUUUAUAUUUUAUUAGUUGUAUAGAUCUUAGAAUUUUAUUUUAGGAAUUAAGUAUGUUUAGAGAGUAAUGUUCAAAUUAUGAACCAAAGUGCAGUUAUCAUUAUUUUUGCCUCAGAUUUAGUGCCAUAUUGUUGAAAUUUAUUGUGAUAAUAUUAUUUAAUAGUUUUCCUUUUUGGAAAUAUUAUAAUAGGUAGUAAUUGGUUGACAAUAACACAUGAUUGUAACGAUGUGGUAGCAGUCCGUUGUAUAGGGAAUUAUUGUAAGCACUAUUAUAGUAUAAAUAUUUUCUGUGAGAUGUAAAGCAAGUAGCCAGUCUGUCUCACUUUUGAGACGAUAAGAAUUACGAAUCGAGCUUGUUUUGUUUGGAAAAAAUCUAUUUUAUUAAUGUACAUUCGAAAUCCCUUUUAUACAAUCCUAAAAUUGUACUAAAUUAUUUUAUACUUACUUGUACUAUUGUCCUUGUACUACUGUCCUUGUAUGUAGAUGUUUCCGCCUAGUGUAUUUUGUACCUUCUUGUAGCUAUAAGCACUUGAUAUUAACUUAGUGUUAAAGUGUCUAAUAAUAUUGAUUACUGUCAUGAAAUUAUUAAAGUCCGUUUCGAGGUGUAAUGUUCUUUUA